AUGAGUUUAAACAAAAUACCAAUUCCUGAUUUACAGUCGAUUCAAUCAAUGUCAAAUCCACAAUCUCCUCAAAUUACAGAAUCUUCUGAAAUUUCACAACAUCCAACCUCACAUUCAAAAGAUUCAAUAUUACCUCCAAGUAAUUUAACAGAUAUAGAAUCUAUUGAUGAUUAUAAUGCAAGUUUAAAACCAAAUCGUAAUACUUCUGUAUCAUCCAAUAAUCACCAUUCCCAAAUGACUAGUUCAUCAGCUUAUGAUUCAAAUUCAGAAAUUAAUCAUUAUCCUUCAGAUCAAGAAAAUCAUCCAUUAUUAUUAUCAAAUUCAAAUAAUUCAAGUAGAGAAGCUAUUCCUGUGAAAAUUAAAUUAUCUCAAUUACCAAAUACUUCAUCUUCAUCAUUAUUAAUUAGUAGAAAUGCUCCAAGACAGAAGAGUGUUCAACUGUCACCAGUUUCAACUAAACUGAUUAAUGUCUUGGGACGUGAUAAAUCUAAUAAUGAACCAGAAAUUGAAGUAACUGCAGAACCAAUAUCUUCGUCUUCUUCUUCUGCUGUUGGUCAAGUGCCUUCUAGUUUUCCACACAAGAGAAAUAAAUCAUUGACUACCCCACAAGCCUUCACACCUCCACCAAUUCCUAAUUUUGAAUCGCCAAACUUUUCCCAUAAGAAAAGAGAAAGCACCAUGUCUAAUUUUUCUCAUUACUCCGGUAUGAUUGCAGAAUAUGAUGCGGUUCCAAUGACAGUGAAAAGAUCAAGCAUUUCAAAUAUUAAAUACAUUGAUGGUAAUAGCAAAUCAAGAUCUGCUGAUACUACACGAAGUUCAGAAAGAGAAUUAAUUGAUUCUAGUCGAGAAUUAGGCAAUAGUACACAUGACGAUGAUAUUACUGAUGAAGAAGAUCAAAGUUCAAUAGUGUUAGGUAAGUUACCAACUACUUCAAUUCAUAGUAGUGAUGAUAGUGACGCUCAUAAGAAAAUAACUAAUCCUGAUAAAAGUUUUACCACUAAUAUUGAAGGAAGUAUACCUGCAAGAUCACCAAGAAGACCUACUUCAAUGGUUGCUUCAAAUUUCAAUAUUGAUGAUAUAUAUCAGCAGCAACAACAACAACAUCAAGAAGAAGAACAAGAUCGAGAGCAUCAAAAAGCAAGAUCACUACCAGAACAUAAUGAAGGAAUUCGAGAUGUUUCUGGUGUUCAAGAUGGUAGAAGACAAAGUUUUGUUGAUGACAAUAAAAGAAGAUCAAUUCAGAUCAAUGAUGGAUUAGAGAAAUUAAUGUUGGAUGCAUCAAGUUUAAAUAGCGAACCUGAUUUACCAAAUCAUCAACAAGAUGAAGAAGAUCCAAGAGGUAUUGCAAGUCCAGGUAGCACAUAUAUUGGAAAAGCAUAUGGUAUAACUUAUACAGAUACUAAUAGUGAAGAAGUUACUCCAAAAUAUGAUCCAAUUACAAAUGAUCCAUUAGAUAAAAUUUCAAGUCAUGAUAAUGAUACAAAAUCAUUACGUUCAAGUAGUAGUGUUAGAACGACACAGUCAAACUUACCACCAAGACCAAAACCAGAUGACAUUAUUAAAGCAAGAAAAAUAUCAAGUAAUUUACAACAACAAGAACAACUUAAACGACAACAACGUCAAUAUUCAGGUAAUCUGGAUCAUGAAUCUUCUAAAUUACGUGAAAUUCAAGCACCUAAUAAUGAUAAUAGAAAUCAUUCAAUACAGGAUUAUAAAUCUCAUGAUGUAAAUAUUUAUAAUGAUCAAAAUGAUGAUUCAAGAAUAAUUAGUGAAAAUAUUAGAACUAGAGAAGUGCCUAGAGGUAAAGUACAAGAUUUUAAAAAUAAACAUCGUACUGGAAUAAUAGGAGAUAUUGAUUCUGAUUUUAAUACAUCUCCACAAAAUCCUCAAUUUCCACUUCAUCAUCAUCAGAGUCAAUCAGGACAUUUAGAAAACAAUACAUCAUUUCAACAAGAACAUCAACCACAACAUCAGAAGAAUAUUAUAGUUGAUGAUGAAGGUUAUUAUGAUAUUGAUGAACCUAUAUUGAUGAAACAACCUUCUAGUAGAGCUAAAUCAGUUAAAAAAUCAAUUAAAAGACCAUCUGGUUCAACAAGAAGGAAAAAGAAAACUACAAAAGGCACUAAGAAUAGUAAUAGUGAUUUACGUCCAUUUAAUUAUUCAACUUUGAUUUCUUUAUUAGAAUCAAUGAAUGGAACUAUAAUUGGUGAAGAAUUUAACAACUUGGAUAUUCCUAUAAAGGAAAAACAAUUGAUUGAAAAAAUUAUUGAUAGUUUGAGUAGGUUAACAAGUGAUAUGAUUAUUGAUCAAACUAGAUAUGAUGUUGGCAUUGAAAGAUUAGAAAAAUGCCUUAGAGCUUUAGAAGGAUUCUUAUAA